CAGCGUCUCCCUAGCAUAUACCUGACAAAUAUGGAUGACAGGACGACUCGAACAAACUGCUGUCAGAGUUCCCGCCACCUCUGGACAGGCCCUUAAACAUGUCCACAGAUGACAGCAUCUCUGAGGAUGUGUCCAGCUCAGGGCCCCGCAGCCACUGCCGGCCCGGUGGCGGCAAGGAGAGCGAGGCGUCCCCGCUGUCCUCCGAGGCCACCACGGCCUCGGGGCUGGCUGUCUCUGAGGGUAGACCUUCGGCCUCCCAGACCACAGGGGGCAGUGCGGCCUGCCAGACUGUCAAGUACACGCCGCCGUGCAGUAAGAUCAGGGGUCUUUGUAUAAGCACAGAGGAUGACGCGUUCACUUCAGGCAAGAACCUCCCGUUCAUUAACCCAAGCUCCCUCGAUACUCUCCGAGCCCUGGUGGAGGAGAUACGCAGCGGCGGUGAGACCGACCCGCAGGUCUGGAAGGAUUGUGAGGGCCGAUGGCUGCACCUGUUUCAGCUGGUGGAGAAGCAAUACCAGGAGCAAAUCCUUGCGCAGCAAGAACAGUAUCAGUGCCAAAUACAGUUAAUUCAGGACGAGAUCAAAGCGCUGGUGCAGCUCCAGAACCGGCCGCCGCAUGCAGACUUCACCCACAGCGCUGGCAUCCAAACCAGUGAGGACACCACCAUCACCACCACCAAGGACUUCCUGUUGCCGCUCAUGGCCGGCGACUGCAUUUUCCCUGCUCGCGCGCCCAGCGAGAGCGACAGCCUGGCCGCCCCGGCUGCCCUCUCCCCGUUCAGCUCCCCCUCACCGCCUCACAGGUCAGACGGCGCCAACCCACCGGUCGAUGAGCAAGCUACCACGGGGCUCAGCAGCGGCUACGGCACGCUGUCCGCCUGGGAGACGGGAGAGGCGGCGGAGAGGCAGGAGCGCCGGUGGUCGGAAGACGCCGAUGCUCCCGACGAGGAGGAGCCGCUGGCAGCCCACCAGCAGAAAACAUCGGGUCAGAUGCUGACCUCCUGGGCUUUGAGGCAGAAACUGCGAGCCAAGAAAAUCAAGGCGAGACUAAAUUCCAGAAUCCCCGAGUACGAGGAGCUGCCACGCAGCCCGGCCAAUUUGGCUCUCGGCCCAUCGGAGAGCCCAAACUCCCGACAUCCUGCUACCGCUUCGUCCUGCGCCUCUUUUGCGCUGAGGAGGAGCGACAGCCUCUCGUCUGAGGCCUCAGGCCUGACCUACUGGCGUCUGAAUGAGUGCGACCUCUAUCGCCGUCUGCCGGACGCCCUGGACCGCAACGGCAGUGGAGCUGCUUUCUUCCUGCAAGAAACUUCCACAGAUCAGGCUGAGAACUUAGAUGUUUCUCUACGCGAGCUAUACCAGCACAAGCACAGGACGGACCUCAAACGCUCCGACUGGGAACGCUCCGAGACUUCGACUCCAUUGUCGCUGCAGCCCCUGGCUGCAGAGGCAUCCCAGCCUUUCUCUACGACCCCGCUGAGUCUCAAUGGCGUCUCUGAUGAAUCCCAGGAAGUCCCGCCCACCCCGCGAAUGAAGACCGGCGAGGAGGCGGACGCCACCCGUAGCCGCAGUACCACUCUGAGGCCUGGUUCUGGUUCUCUAGAAGAUCCAGUCGUCUUUUCCCUGCUGCGACGGAACCUGAGAGAGAAGCACGCACGACACGUGGCUGACCUGAAGGCGUAUUACGAGUGCGAGAUUCAACUAUUGCGAGACAAGUUGAAGCUCCGAGAUCUGCCCGGAGACCUGGAGAAGAGCAACCGCAUGCUUUCAGAGAGGUGUCAGCAUCUGGAGAAAGCCUUGGCUGAAGCCAGCCGACGUAUCGACAAGCUGGAGCAGACUAACUCCACGCUGGAGAAACAGCUGGCCGAGUGGCCCGAGCGUUACGCGGUGGCGGGCGCCACCGUCAAGUCGCUGCGUCAGCGCCUGGAAGACAGCAAGCGAUCGGCCAAGGAAAAGGCAGCGGCCGUGAAGAAGGCUCGACGGCAGGUCGACGACAGCGAGGCCAAGAGGGAACGCGAGGUCCAGGCCAACAAAGAGCUCCUUGCACAAUACAACUCUGUGCUGAAGGACAACGACAAACUAAAGAGCAACUUGCUGUCAAUAGAAGACAAACUUUACCAAGCCAACGAUCUCACUUCAGACCUGAAAAGAACCAUUUCUAAGCUGGAGUCUCAAGUACGGCAAUUGGAGCACGAGAACCAGGCCAGGGUCCGCCACACCCCCCAGCCCGCCGCCCAGCCCUCUGGAGCCGGUCUUUUCCACCAUCCUGACCUGCUGCACUCACCCAGCAGAGGCAACGCAGAGCCGGAUGUCACCCGCAGGAGGUCUCCCCGGAUGGAAGUCCAACAGCCGGCUGCUGCCACAAACUCUGGGUUCCCUUCCCAAACUUCAAUGAGGUGCACAGCCGCCAGAGACCCCGACCAGACGCCAUCGACGUCCAGACUCCGGGAGGAGGGCGCCGCCCACCUGUCGCCUAUCAUGAGGGCGCUGAUCGAGAUGGAGGAGACUCGAACCACAGAGAGCAGAGCCCCCUGGGUGGCCAAUCACAUGCCAUCGCUGGGCGGCGUUGGCGGUGCGCUCAGAAGUCAGAGGAGUUUGUCUCCGGACGGCCAUCGGUCGUCCUCGCUGCCUCCGCCAGGACUACAAAGCACCAUCGCAACCACGCCAACCAAGAGAGAGACGUUACUUGCCUCAUUGCCAGCCAAGGGCAGCCCUAAACGAUGCCCUACCGAGAACUACUCCACCGCCUUUGGUCACAUGAUGCCACGGGAGGAGCACCUCGGCAACAGGCGUGACUCACCCGUCAAUCACACGAGGCGCCACUCGUUCCACAGCGGCAGUCCCAGGACCAGGCUACGCUUUGGAUCAGCCGAGCACCACGAUGGCGUGUGUCGUUCCCCACGAGUAGAGGCUGCUGUCGGCUUGGCGUCGCCCGACUAUGGCGACGCACAGCUGCCGUGUGAAGAUGGAGGAGGCAGCCCGGGAGGAUACCUGGCUUCUGACAACAAAGUUCUGUCAUUGGCGGAGGCUGAGAGGCUUUUUGAUGAGCUCACGCGGGAGAAACUCGAGAUCGAGGCAUCUCUGAGCCGCAUGCCGACGUCGGGUGGUCGAGUGAACAUGAAGACUAGGCUGGACCAGGUGGCCUUAGAGGAACGUCUGGAGCGUCUGAACCGAGACCUUGGGUCCAUCCGCAUGACGCUCAAGAGGUUCCACAUCCUGCGCUCCUCCGGCAGCAUAGCGUAGCAGCAUGCUAAUGUUAGCAUGGCCUCGCUACCAUGU